AUGGCUACAUUGGCACGAUCUUUCUCCGCUGAUGGCGCUGGCGUCGCCGUCAUUGUUCCCCAGAACCCAACACUAUCGAUAACUUACAGGGAGCUGCAUUCGCAUAUCUCCGACUUCCAGGCAAAGCUGGCCAAGCUUGGUGUUGGACAUGGCGCCGCAGUGAACCUGGCCCUUGUCAAUUCAUAUGAAUUCAUUGUGGGCUUCCUGGCAGCCUCCUGGCAGCGCGCAAUUGCUGCACCUCUGAACCCGGCCUACAAGCAGGACGAGUUCGAGUUCUAUAUCGACGAUCUCAGCUCAACUCUAGUUCUUAUUCCCCGGGGAUCGUAUGCCCAGGAUGAUCCUGCGGUUCGGGCAGGCAGGAAGUACGAAGCGGCUAUUGCUGAGUGCUACUGGAAUGGGGCCGAGGUUGUCCUCGAUAUGAAGGAGCUGGGCAAGCUUCAGAGCACGGGGAACGUCGGUGUUCAAACCGCUCAGCCCGAUGAUGUCGCGCUUGUCUUACAUACCAGCGGAACAACUGGCCGGCCCAAGGCUGUUCCACUUACCCACAAGAACCUAACAACCACCAUGAGAAACAUCCAAGCAACGUACAAGCUCACCCCCCAGGAUCGGACAUACCUAGUCAUGCCUCUGUUCCACGUUCACGGCCUCUUAGCUGCCUUUCUUGCUCCUCUUGCCUCCGGUGGCUCAGUGGUCGUGCCCGCCAAGUUCUCUGCUCAUCAGUUCUGGACAGAUUUUAUCACUCACAAGGCAAACUGGUACUCCGCCGUGCCCACUAUUCACCAAAUCCUGCUCAAGUCACCGCUGCCUAACCCUAUCCCUCAAAUCCGCUUCAUCCGCUCUUGCUCCUCGCCGCUGUCACCGAAAACCUUCCAGGAUCUGGAGAAGGCCCUCAACGCCCCGGUUCUUGAGGCCUACGCAAUGACGGAGGCAGCCCAUCAAAUGACAAGCAACCCCCUCCCCCCAGCGAAGCGACAGCCCGGCAGUGUAGGUAUCGGCCAAGGAGUUGAGAUCAAGAUCCUUGACCAGUCCGGAAACGAAGUCCCCCAGGGGUCUGAGGCGGAGAUCUGCGUCCGAGGGGAGAACGUUACAAAGGGUUACCUCAACAACCCCGCGGCCAAUGAAUCUUCUUUUACUAAGGACGGUUUCUUCCGUACUGGCGACCAAGGUAAAAAGGAUCCCGACGGUUACGUGAUUAUCACUGGCCGCAUCAAGGAACUCAUCAACAAGGGCGGAGAGAAGAUCAGCCCAAUUGAACUGGACAACACGCUCCUGCAUAAUCCUAAAGUCGGUGAAGCGGUCUGCUUCGCGAUCCCCGACGAGGGCCACUACGGCGAAGACAUCGGAGCAGCCGUGGUCUUGAAGAGCGGACAGAAUUCUACUGAAGAUGAGUUGAAAUCUUGGGUUCAGGAGAAGCUGGCUAAAUUCAAGACGCCGAAACAAAUUUGGAUCGUGCAGCAAAUCCCCAAGACCGCAACAGGAAAGAUUCAACGACGUAAGGUCGCAGAGGCAAUGCUGAAGCCCAAGGCCAAACUGUAA